AAUGUUGUUUUUAAUUUAUUGUAGGCAACGUGGAAAGAGCGCUUACGAUGACUAAUGAACUAUUGGAACUAACACCCGACCAUGAACGCGCCAGAGGCAAUAAGGUAUUUUACGAAAAGGAGAUAGCUGAACUCCAAGCUGAACGCAAAGUCAAAGGUGACGAUGGUAGCGAGAGUACACCUGUCUCUGAUUUGCCGAUUGCCAAGGGUGAUCCCAGUGAUUAUACCUUUAGCGAACGCAAAGCAUACGAAAUGCUUUGUCGUGGUGAAUUGAAGCUGACCCCAGCGGAUUUGCGACCACUCCGAUGCCGCUAUGUUAACAAUAAUGUGCCCUUCCUGCGCUUGGCGCCACUCAAACUCGAAGAAGCAUUUUUGGACCCUUACAUUGUGAUCUACUAUGACGUCAUGCAUGACAAAGAAAUUGAUUUGGUUAAGAAACUGGCGCGUCCUCGAUUCCGUCGCGCUACCGUCCAGAAUGCGGUGACCGGCGAAUUGGAAACCGCUAAUUACCGUAUCAGCAAAUCGGCAUGGAUACGCACAGAGGAGCAUAAGAUCAUUGAAAACAUUGUACAACGAACAGAGGAUAUGACGGGUUUAGACAUGAGUGUGGCGGAGGAAUUACAGGUGGUGAAUUAUGGCAUUGGAGGCCACUAUGAGCCGCAUUUUGAUUUCGCAAGAAGGGAUGAAAUUCGUGCCUUCCAAGGGCUCAACACUGGCAAUCGUAUCGCAACGGUGUUGUUCUAUAUGAGUGACGUGGAACAAGGUGGUGCCACAGUCUUUACAAACUUACGCAUUGCUUUGUCGCCCAAAAAAGGAUCAGCGGCCUUCUGGUACAACCUGCACAGGUCCGGUGAAGGUGAUUUCAGAACGCGCCAUGCGGCCUGCCCUGUUCUAACUGGUUCUAAGUGGGUCUCGAACAAAUGGAUACAUGAACGCAACCAAGAAUUUCGUCGACCUUGUGGUCUGGAACCUGACCACGGCGAAUUUGCAAUUUAAUUCCAUUUAAAGAAAAACCAGCAAGCGGAAGUAUGCGUACGAGUAUUUAAAACUUGAUAAGCAUUCAAAGUUGUUACCUAAGAGUUUUAACUUUUUGAAGUCGUACGAAGCUUUGUGUUUAUAUUUGACCGUUUACAUGUCGGCCAUAACUUUGUAUUUUCUACAUUGUUACUGCUAGAGCAUUCAAAUUGAAACUGUUAUCGGCAACUGUUUGCACAUUUAGAAACGCUAUGAAAAAAUCGACUCAGAAAUUCGGUAUGCCAUUUUGUAAAUGUCGCGUUUUUUUCUAAAAUUAGUGAAAUUCAAUUUUAUAAUUGUUAAGCUCUUUUUUAUGCCACUUACAUAAGUACAUAUGUAUAUUUGUACUAUUCUGUUUGUACAUGCGUAGAUAUACAUACAUAUAUAUGUAUAUGUAUGUAUUUAUUUAUCUUAUAAAGGUUUUUUAAUAUAAAAAAAAAAAAUUGUAAAUCAAAAACGAGUUUUGCAAUAUAUUUAUAUGUAUACA